AUGUUGUUCCGCUAUGUCCGUACCGUGUCACAUUUCUGCAGCAACUCGAGCUCUCCUGUUCCUCGACUCCUCCUUCUUCGUUACAAUAUUGCCCCAAAGGUCGCAGUUUUGGACUGUGUUUCUUCUAAUCGCUGUUUCUCUUCUGACACAUCAUCAACCGUACCCUCGGAGGCUGCAGCGGAGAAUAAUAGUUUAAAGUCGGUGGUAAAGAACUUUUCGUUCUCUAGCAUCUUUCAACUUUGGAAGAAUAAGCCUAUCCAGCAAGAGAAAGAGAAAGAAGAGUCUGUUGUGGAAGAAGUGAAAAACACAACUCCUCCUUCUGCUAUUGAUUUGGCUCUUACCUCGGUGGUUAAGGUCUUCACUGUCUCUAGCAAGCCUAGGCUUUUUCAACCUUGGCAGAUUAGCAUGCAGAGUGAAUGUUCCGGCUCUGGAUUUGUAAUCUCGGGGAAGAAGAUUAUUACGAAUGCACAUGUGGUGGCUAAUCACACAUCGGUUAAAGUAAGAAAGCAUGGUUCACCUACAAAGUACAAAGCAAAAGUUCGAGCGAUUGGUCAUGAAUGUGAUUUGGCCAUCUUGGAGAUCGAUAACGAUGAGUUUUGGGAGGGAAUGAGCUUCUUGGAGCUUGGAGACAUACCCUUAAUGCAAGACACUGUGGCCGUUGUUGGCUAUCCUUGCGGUGGUGACAGUAUAUCCGUUACAAAAGGUGUUGUGUCGAGAGUUGAACAGAUACUGUAUCCGUUAGAAUACAGUCAACCCUGGAAUACUGCAAGUAGCUCCACCGAGCUACUUGCAGUACAAAUAGAUGCAGCUAUCAACCCUGGAAAUAGUGGUGGUCCGGUAAUCAUGGGAAACAAAGUCAUUGGUGUAGCAUUUGAAAGUCUAUUUUGGUCUGAUAAUAUAGGAUGA